UCAACUUGAAACGCGUCCCCGCGCUGCCUGGGGCGAUGAGGAAGGCGCCAACGGCCCGGGCCGCAGGGUGGGAGGCGGCGCGGGGGCGCGGCGUCGAGGGCCAAGACUAACCCGGGAACAGUGGCCUGCGGCUUCUCACCGAGCGUGGUAGCGCGGGCCCUCGGCGCGUCUCUGCGGUUGGGGUCGCCGGCGGCCGGGGUCCGGCCAUGAUCGACUCGGUGAAGCUGCGCCGCGCCAGCGCGGCCGACUUCUUCUCGCACUACGAGUACCUGUGCGCGCUUCAGGACGCGGUGCCGCUGCCCGCCGUGCGCGCCUGCCUGCGGGAGGGCGUGCUGGACUUCCACGCCGACCGCCUCCGCCUGGCCGACUGGGCGCCGCUUCUCAGCACCCUCCGCGUCAACCGGGACCUGCCGCUGGUCGCCAUCAAGAGCUCCUUCCAGCCGUGGCUCGGGGACACAGGUUCUGACAUAAACAGAGUUGGCCGAAGUCGUGUUCCUGCAAUAAGAUCCAAAGAUGUGACCUUCCAGUUAUGUAAAGCUCUUAAAGGCUGUUUGAAUGCAUCAAGUGUGCUGAGGAACCUAGAGCUAAAUGGACUAAUUCUGAGAGAGAGAGAUUUAAUUAUUUUAACAAAGGGAUUGAACAAAUCAUCUUCCUUAGUGCACCUGUCUCUUGCAAAUUGUCCAAUUGGAGAUGGAGGUUUAGAACUUAUUUGUCAAGGCAUAAAGAACUCUAUCACUCUUAAGACAGUCAACUUCACAGGGUGUAAUCUGACAUGGCAGGGAGCCGAUCACAUAGCCAAGAUCUUAAAGUAUCAGACCAUGAAAAGACAUGAGGAGAUCUGGGCUGAAAGUCUUCGCUAUAGGACACCUGACCUCGACUGCAUGGCUGGCUUAAGGCGUAUCACGUUGAAUUGCAAUACACUGAUUGGCGAUCUGGGUGCACGUGCUUUUGCAGACUCUAUUAAUGAGGAUUUAUGGCUCCGAGCGCUUGACCUACAGCAGUGCGGCCUUACCAAUGAAGGAGCCAAGGUCUUACUAGAAGCCCUGGAAAACAACAGAACUCUUGCCAUUCUGGAUAUAAGAAAAAACCCACUUAUUGAUCAUCCUAUGAUGAAAGCAGUUAUCAAAAAAGUUCUCCAGAAUGGAACGAGUGCUAAAUCAGAGUACCAGUGGAUAACUGCUCCAUCAGUGAAAGAACCACCCAAAACUGCUAAACAGAAAAAGAAAACUAUCAUUCUAGGAAAUAGUCGAAAAGGAAAAGCUACUAUUAGAAUUGGAUUGGCCACAAAGAAAACUGCCAGUAAUGGAAGGAAACACAUUCUUAAUAAACACUGUAAUCCUGAAACUCAACCACCUGGUGUAUCUGGGUUCCUACCAUGGCGAACUGCACUGCGUGCAAAGAGGAGCAGGGGUUUUCCACUAAUUAAAACUCGUGAUAUAUCUAAUCAGCUGCAGCAAGGAGAUUUUCCUGUGACUGUGACAGUGGAGAGUCCUUCAUCCUCAGAGAUGGAAGAGAUUGAUGACUCUUCAGAAAGUGUUUGUGAAGUACCUGAGAAAACCAUUUCAAUAAAACAGGAGGCAUUACAGGGAAAACUGGAGGAGUGCCUAAAGCAGUUAAAGGAGGAAAGAGUAAUACGACUUAAGGCUGAUAAGCGAGUCAGUGAGCUAGAAAAUGAAAACGCUCAAUUAAGAAAUAUAAAUUUCUCACUGUCUGAAGCCCUUCAGGCACAUUCAUUGACAAGCAUGAUCCUGGAUGAUGAAGGAGUUUUGGGCAGCAUUGAGAGUUCUUUUCAGAAGUUCCAUGCUUUCUUGGAUCUCCUUAAAGAUGCCGGGCUUGGGCAGCUUGCCACUAUGGCUGGUAUAGAUCAGACCGAUUUUCACUUACUAGGUCGUCCACAGAUGAAUUCCACUGUGAGUGGUCAGCCUAAAGAAGAAAAAAAGGCACUGGAAGAAGAAAAAACAGAUCCGCAGCAGAAUGCUUUAGGACAGAUGCAGAAUAUUCAAGUUUCUAUUUGUAUGCAGUCAGCUUACAAUGAAGGAACACUAAUGAAGUUUCAGAAAAUCACAAGUGAUGCUAGAAUUCCUUUGCCUCUGGACUCCUUCAGUGUUCCAGCUCCCACUCAGGAAAGCUCAGUGAAUGCCAGAGACCAUGUGGUAGCCCCAGCUUCUGAGCAGCAGCAGGAAUCUUUUGAAGAAUUUCUUGCUAGAACAUGUUCUCCUUUAGCAGAUGUGAUUUCUGCAACUGGAAGUCAAAGAGAUGAAGAGGUGUGGUCUAGAAAAAGCAAAUCGUCUUCAGAGAAAAUGACCAAAACAGGACCAGCAAGAUAAGAGAUGAUUGAAUUUUUAAAACUUCUGAUUUUACAGCAAAUACUGGAACUUAAGAUAGAACAUGGACAACUUAACAAGCUCAUUUAUUCUUCUAGAAUCUCAUUGAAAUGACUGGAGAAUUAGUAAAAUAAAAAAGUAAUAGAAUUAAAAAACUAGAAAUUGAGCAAUGUGGGAUUUCUUAGAAGAUAAGAACAGGAUUAUUGAAGGACCUCUCAAUUCAGGAGUAGAAAGCCAAGCCAUUCCAGUCAUCUUUGGAGCAUUUAAUCAUGGAGUUUGCCACUGACUGAGAAAGCUGCUGUCUUAAGUGAGAAUUCUAACAUGCAUGACCCUGGAAUUGGAGAUAAAAUUUAAGAUGGUCAAGGGACUGAAGUUAAGCCACCUGCGCUCUUUCUGGCUGUGGUGACCUCUUUUAUAAUAAUCAUCAUAAGUGCCUAUAAUCCAAAUUUAAGUUCAUUGAAAGUGGACCAGAAUUCUGACUGAGGGGAGGUACUUCAGAGUUCAAUUUUAGGCCUUCAUCUAUAAAUACAGACAGCCAAAAAUCAUUGAGUCUGAAGAAAAAUAAAAGGAAAGACUCCUUGGAGAGCAGAAAAAUUGGCAUAUUGG